AUGUCAAUCACAGAACUCGACGCUCUCCUCGUCCUCAGCUAUCACGACCAUCAGUCUAAAGCCAUGUUGGCCAAGAUGGCAAGACAGAUGGUCGCGGAAGCUGCUCUGCCGGAUUGGAUGCCGCCGAUGCUACAGGACCUCCUGGUCUGGGAGGCUCUUAAGACCAAGUUUGGUAUGAACUUUAAUCGCAAUCGGCUCGAAAUUUUCUAUUCGUUCGACCCGAAGAACAAGGUGGUGAUACUGAAUCGUGGCGAGGAUGAGAUCGCAGACGAGGUUGCCCACGAAGCGCUUAGAAUGCUCCAUCCUGAGUAUAAGAUGCGCCCCGGGUUGGAUGUUCCUACUGCGAUUGGCGCAGAAGAGGUGCACAUGAUAGCACAGAUGGACAAGGUAGGGGGGCUACCUUCUUCCACGAAAUGA